AUGGCUCGAGUUCUCCUAUGGGUGCCCUCUGAUGACCCAGCCACCCUAUUCUAUCACCUAUGUGAUCCAAAUAGCGAAAUGGUCGACCGUGAGCAGCAUAGUUUGCAACAGCCGAUAAUUUCCAUCGCUAGGCUGCUUUGCUUGUGCUUGAUGGGCAUUAGCUCCCCAACACGGUCUCAGACUCAAGCUGGCUGCACCCCUUCAAACGCUGCUCGACAACGUACACCUUCACCUGAUUCAUCAGGCUCGGACUCAAACCAAGCGACGGCACGAAAGCGAGGCUUCAGCCAAGUCGCAUCAUCCCCAUCUACUCAACGAGUGGCUCGCCAGAGAGAAAGUAGUAAUAAUCAAAACAAUCAGGCACGACAUCGCGAGGCUCAAUUCUGCUCCCAGCGCUGUUUAAUGGGCCUACAGGCUGGGGAUAACCUAGACGAGGCAUGUCCAAACCAUCUCAUCACUUCAGAGAAUCUGGUACUCUGUCUCAAAGCAGAAUUCGAUGAAAAAAUUGAUAGAUGUAUACCAAUUGGUGGAUGUGGAUCAUACGGGGCACAGUUUAUACUGACAUAUUUGGAGUACGGCUAUACGGUCAUUGGGAAGGGUACCACAUCGGAUCUGUGGGAUCGCGUUUCUCGUGAAGUACAGGUAUACCAAAUCUUACGGAAAGCUCAAGGAUCAGCAGUUCCCGUUUCCCUAGGGACGAUUGAUUUAGCGAAGACAUAUCAUCUCGAUGGAGCUGGGCCAAUCAGACAUAUGCUCGUAAUGGGCUUUGCAGGUGAACGCACCGCAACUAUGGAUCUUACACCAGAGCUUUGA